UGUGCGUGUGUGUUUGUGGGGGAGGGGUAUUGGCUGGGGUGGAACAGUCCUGUAAUGAGCAGAUUUUUAGAGAGGGAGAGAUAAAAAGGCCAAAAAACGAAAGAGGGCAGAUGACUUGGUGGGAUUUUACAACAACAAUCCAGAUUUAACCGAGCGCUGAGACAGAGGAGACAAAAGGAAGGUGACGGGAAUAAUUUCUGCUUCUGCAUCCUCAUCUCCACUGCCGAGCAGAGCGGAGGAGAAAAGGGAGGAAAAGGUAGCCGGAGAGAUUUUCACACUCUGUUAUGUCUGCCGAGGUGUGUGUGAGGGGCCGAGUCUGUGUUUGUGGGAUCAUGAAUGUGUAUUUUCAGGCCAUGCUUUAGAGAAAACAUUUUAACUUCUCUGCUCCUGUGUUGUUGUAUUUUUUAAUGGCGUACCAGCGCAGCAGCAUCCCUGUCCUGUAUCCGGCUCAGUGCGGCAGGGAUGCGGGGAUGCUCUAAUGUCUGACUGAGCCGAGCUCGGUCGCUGCUGCUGCCACCGCUCUGAGGGCCUGUGGGACACCUGGAAAAGCCUAGGCCUCGACUGUCUGGAGCGUCCUGCUACACGACUGAGGCGAAGGGCCUGUGAGGCUGCGUGGAGCAGGAAGGUGGAGGAGGAAGUGGAGGAGGAGGAGGAUGAGAAGCACUCUGAGCCUGCAUGCCCAUGGGAAGCAGCAUGCACAGCUGCUGUGUUUAUCGCUCCGGACCCAUCGCUGAGGUUUGGAUUGCUUCUCCGUCGUGAGGUGAUGCUCUUCGGGUCCUAUCCUGCUGUUUUUGAAAGGAGGAGCUGCUGUUUUGCAUCCUAAACUAAGAGGAGAGGGAGAGUCGAGGCCUUGCCCCUUCAUGCUACCUGCUUCAAACAAGGCCUCCUUCCUCAUUCUGAGCAAAGCACUCCUGAGUUUCUCUUUUUCUUGACAUUCUAAGGAUUUGCCUAAACCUGUUUCAUGCAUGUCCACUGGAGGCAGGUUUGACUUUGAUGACGGGGGGUCGUACUGCGGGGAGUGGGAGCAGGGUAAGGCCCAUGGCCGGGGUGUCUGCACAGGGCCCCAGGGUCAGGGGGAGUAUGCAGGCGCCUGGAGCCAUGGGUUUGAAAUCCUGGGUGUGUACACGUGGCCCAGUGGGAACAGCUAUCAGGGUACCUGGGCACAGGGUAAGCGUCAUGGCAUCGGGGUGGAGAGCAAGGGCCGCUGGGAGUACAGAGGGGAGUGGACACAGGGCUUUAAAGGUCGCUACGGACAGCUGGAGAGCAUGGCCAGUGGGGCCCGAUAUGAGGGGACAUGGAGCAACGGGCUGCAGGACGGUUACGGCACAGAAACCUACUCUGACGGAGGAACCUACCAAGGCCAGUGGCUGGGAGGGAUGCGUCAUGGCUAUGGUGUGCGGCAGAGUGUACCCUACGGCAUGGCGGCUGUCAUACUUUUCCCUCUUCGAACAUCCAUAAACUCUCUCCGUUCGGAGCACAGCCAGGGCCCUCCGACUGCGCUGGAGGACGGCGUCGCCACCACACCCACAGAUGGGGUAGUGGCCGGGCUGGCCGGCAGCCCAGUGGGCCGCGGCGGGUUUGCACUGACAGCUCCGAGUGAGGCAGAGCGGCAGAGGAAGAGAAAGGGUCGCUUCCGGCAGUCCAUCCUUAGCGGCCUGAAGCUUCGGCGAUCUGAAUCCAAAAGCUCUCUGGCCAGUCAGCUCAGCAAGCAGAGCUCCUUCUGCAGUGAGGCUGGCAUGAGCACCGUCAGCUCUGCUGCGUCUGACAUCCACUCCAACGCCAGUGAAAGCGAGCCAGGCGCCCCCGUGGAUGCCACUGUUACUGAAAUGUACGCGGGAGAGUGGCGGAGCGACCAGAGGGCUGGUUGGGGCGUGAGUCGGCGCUCAGACGGCCUGCAUUAUGCAGGUGAAUGGUCGUUGAACAAGAGGCACGGAUACGGAUGCACCACCUUCCCCGAUGGUACGAAGGAGGAAGGAAAGUACAAGCAGAAUGUGCUGGUGAGCGGAAAGCGCAAGAACUUGAUCCCAUUGAGGGCCAGUAAAAUCCGCGAGAAGGUGGACCGGGCUGUGGAAUCUGCAGAGAAGGCAGCAGACAUCGCCAAGCAGAAAGCAGAGAUCGCGAUGUCACGGAUGAGCCAUGCUCGUGGGAAGGCGGAGGCUGCUGAAGGGGUGGCACAGAAAGCCAUGGAGGAGUGUCGACUGGCCCGGAUUACUGCCAAAGAGCUCUCGCCCUCCUUUCAUAUCUAUGGCAACGGGCUCGAAUGUCAGAGGCCGAAACACCAGGACGCCAAGGACAAAGACCACGAGGUCAUCUCCACAGGAACAGACAGUCCAGAGCUGUGCACGCCGGACACCACACCGCCUGUAAUAACACCUGAUCUCAGCCCCGUGCUGAGCGUCCCAACCUCACCCCCUCAUAGCCCGCCCAAACACUCCCAUCGCCCCAGAAAUGCUUGCUUCAUGCGACAGAGCGCUGUGGAUGACCAGGGCGGGGCUGAGAUCCAGGUGCUAGUGGAGGGGCGGGGGAUUGAUAUGCCUCGGGGUGGGGCAAACAAUUGGACUGAUGAUAUGUAUCCAGAUCGAGGAGGCAGCAGUCGCUCCACCACACCUUCCCUUCUGGAAGAGCAGGAGGGCCAAAUCAACGGCCACGAACAAGCCCCUUUGACCAACCACAAACCACGGGAGAAAUCCUUGUCCAAUCACAAGUCACGGGAGCAUGUCUCGUCCUACAGAGCGUGGGAGCACUCCUUGUCCAACCAAAAGCCGUCCAAGCAUGCCUCUUCCAAUCACAAGUCAAGGGAGUACUCAUCGUCCAAUCACAAAACAUGGGAUCAUUCCUCCACCAAUCACAAGGCCUGCGAGCAUGCCUCUUCCAACUACAAGCCGCAGGUGCACAUUUUAUCCAAUCACAAGGCCUUGGAACACAACAUGUCCAAUCAUAAGACUUCUGAGCAUGCUUCUUCCAAUCACAAGUCCCAAGACUAUAUCUCUUCUAAUCACAAUGCAAAGGACCACAUCUCUUCCAGCUUUCCCCCUCGAGAGCAUGUCUAUUCCAACCACCAUCCAAAGCAGCAUAACCCCUCCAACCACAAGCUUAACGAGCAUGCUGUAAUCGACCAAAGGCUAGAUGGCCUCACCGGGGGGUGGACUGCAGAAAGCACCCUUAGGUGGAGCCCUGCCCACUCACGCCUCUCAGAGCAGGACGAGGAAAGGAUGAAUGACUAUACAGUCGAUAUGAGGCUUCAUUGUCCGGACUCGCAGUUGACUAGGGGGCUGGGCCAGGAGUCCCCGGCCCACAAAAGCAACAGGCUGCGAUCCCGAGGCCUUCGGCCAGUCCAAGAAGGAUCCAUGGACUCUGUACAAAUGCUGGACAACCUGAAUGUGGGGGCAGAGCUGGAGGAGUGGCCACUGCACAGGGACCUCACCCUCUCCCCACCCCUAAAGUCUCAGCCCAUCACUCUGGAGCAGGAAGGAGAGCAUCUCACCCUCAAAUCAAACUCAGGCUCCAGCUCUAUUCUGGUGGUUAUGGUCAUUUUACUCAAUAUUGGAGUAGCCAUUCUUUUCAUUCACUUCUUUAUUUAAACUUCUACAGGUAUGAUCAACUAAGACUUAUUGAUAACUACAGUAUAUUAUAUUAUUACUUACUGAGACGUUCUGCCUAUUCGACUGGAGCCCACAGCCUGAGUGACGGACACAGCAGAGCCUUUCUGUUGUUCAUAUUGGUCUUUUCACUUCUGAUGAAGCCCAUUUGAGUUUCUACAAAAGCGCCUGUUCUUUUAAAAUUCCUGUUUUGAGUUUGCAACCAUGAGCAGAAAGAUGGUAGAGUGAGAGACAGAAGAUGGUAAAGAAAGCAGCUUUAAUCAGGACACACAUGCAUAGGUGUCCGUCACUGAAAGUCCGCAGACUGGAGAUGGCACAGGCAGCAUUGCCCAUUUUUCCACCAGUCUAGACAAAGAAUAUAGCAAAGCCUUGUUUCCUGGUUUAGCAUGAGAAACAUGCUAACCAAGAGCAUGGCACACACUCCAUCCUAAACCCCUUUUUGCCUUUUAACCCUUUCUCCUUUCAGUCUCUAUCCACACUAUACGCUACAUACAAAACUAUGCUGCAAGAGUAGAUCCAUUUUAAAGGGCUCCGUCAUUAUUCUUUUCUUUUUCUUUUUUUCCUCUACAAACUACACAAACACACACAACCAUUGCAUGAGGCUGUGUGAGGUUUUAAAAAGUGCAUUUUCUAUCCCUUUAACAUCACCGUCCUGUCCUCGUUUGUAUGCGCUCCAUCCGGAUCGUCACCUCCAGAAUCGGACCAGAUUCACGUUUGAUUCUCAAAAGUCGACAUUAGUGCACACCUGAAUUUGUAAUGGGUGGAAUUUUUAAUGUUGAACCACACAAACACACACACACACACAUUCGCACGCAGAAAAUAAAACACGUAAAGUAACUUGCUGACAAACUGAGGAGGAUUUAGCCUUGCCCCUUUGUACAGCCUUGAGACUGUUAUGGUAUAACCACAGAUUCUAACUAUAUACGUGUAUGUGUCAUUAUUAUUCAAGUUUGUUACUUUUUGCAGUUUGCAAGACAGAGAGAAUGCUGAGUGCCUCGUAUUUAUUCAUUUUCCCUCGAAAACUUUAUUUCAGCCCAGACUCGAGAUUAAACUCCACAUGGGCAGGCUAAGAGAACACUAAUAACCUUCAAAAUUAAUAAACCCCGACCUUCAGUCUCUCCCCUUCCCUCCCUUUCCCCACUUCUACUCCUCCCUUUACCCUGAAAUGGCAUGCACUGCUUUGUCUUUCUCCCAGUACUCCCGUUUAGACCAGUCACGAAGGGGAAAAUGGGGUUUCUACAGUGUCCUUCCCAAACACUUUUUUGGGCGGGAUAAGAUUUAUUUUCAGCAUGUUUGUUUAGCCUGCUCAAUCUGGUGUCAGUUGUGAGUUUCUCCCUCUCGUGUCUCUUAUCCAACAACACAAGGCUACAUGAGACACGGAGAGCAGUGUAACAUAAACGCUAGCUUUUAACUCUCAGUGGAUACUGAAAUGUCCCCGAGUUUAUGAAUGAUAUAAAAAAAACAAACUCUGCUACUGUAUGUUUUAUACUUCGCACCCAGUGGCAUCAUCAUGUUGUGACAUCAUUGCAUGCCCUAGCAUGCUCUUUCUUACUCUUUGGUUUAUGAGAUUGUUUCAAAGUUAAUGUGGAGAAAAUAAUGAAAUGUUUGAAAUUAA